GUUUCAAAGCGUUGAAAAAAACUUUUGACGCAACACGCAGCGCAUUGAAGAUGUAAUUGUCACGCAUAACAGCUCUUGCGAGGAGUAGCGUUGCAAAAAAAUACGACUAAUUUACAUGAGCGAUGACGAGAAUGAUCGCAAAAAAGGACACGUUGCGAAACAAUCUUCCGGAAAGGCAUUUUUUUUUUUUUAUACUCUAUAAUUACACAUUACUUAUGAUACACGAUGCAGGGAACAUCGCGAAGUCAAUCUGCGAAAAAGAGAACAAACUACCCUCGCGCGAGGAUGCAUGCGUACGAGAGAGCGAGAAGAAAAGCCGUGUGAAAAUAGAGAGUGGGAAAACGUGGCACGAGAAGGUAAAGGAGCAGAGCUCCUCUUCGGGGAAGCUUCGAAUAGGAGAAGACGAGAAGUAGCGAGAGAGAGAGAACGCGUUUUGUCGGCCCACCCCCGGGCUCUUUCUCUCUCCUCGGGCGAGUCAACCCCUCCAAUCUCUCGCCGUUUCUCUCUCUCUCUCUCUUUAUUUAUCUUUUGGCGGGGGCUACGGGGGACCGCGCUUGAUCACGGGCGCAACCCGGGCCACGGGCCACGAGUCACAGGCCACGCGGACCUGCCCGAUACAACAUCCAGCACGCGACGACACGCUACCGUCACCUUCUGUCUCCCUCCCUUCUGAUUCUCGUUCUCUCCCUCUCGGUUCGCUUCUCGUUCUUUCUCUCUCCUUCUCUCUCUCUCUCUCUCUCUCUCUUUCUUGCCGCGGCGUACACACACGACGCGUACGACCGAGCCAGGAGUAGACACGAGGUACAGGCGGUAGCAGAGGGUACGGGGGACCUGACCGAAAGCAAAGCCCGUAACCCCCGUUUGCGGGCCGAGCCCACUUCAGACACGCCGUGUCCUCCGCGUGGUCCACAUCAUCCUGUCCUGACCGCCUCUCUUUCUCUCUCUCUCUCUCUUUCCCUCCCGCGCGCGCGCGCGCGCACGCACGCCCGCGUAUAUCUCUCGCUGCGCUCUCGCGCCCUUGCCGUAUUCCGCUCGUCGGUACCUGUGCCCGUCCAGGCACAGUUCUCCCUCUUACCUCUGCCUCAUCGACUGCCUCGCUGACGUACGUCCUUCUCCUCGCGAGCGCGUUCGCCGAGCCGGCCGACCGACCGCAGUUUGCGGUCUCCACCGCGAGUUUGCCCUCGCGUCGCGCGGACCUUGCUACUCCGCCGACUACCAGAAGUAGCCGCACGUGCUCUGCCAACGAGCCUGCGAGUACCGGCUUGUCGAGAAGAGGAGAAGGAAGUCUCGUGGAAUCACGGAACUACAAUCUUGAGCGGUCGGAAGUUGAACGCGUGGUUACCAGUGAGUCUCCAAUCGAGUGGAUGUGGAAGAAUAUUGUUGAGGCAGAGAGCUUCUCGAGUGGAAAUUCCAACAUUCUGUCAGCGAUCAGGACGACGUUGAUCGACGAAAUUCUACCUAUCAAAAUUAUUGUAUUUACAUCUGUGCGAUUAAAUACGAACACGAUUCCAUCGAAACGAGCAGGAUUUUCACGAUUGCUCGCGUCAUUAAAGGACUCGAGCGUACAUGUGCGUCCGAUGAGAUCGUUAUGACUCUGAAUGAAAGAGCAACGUCCACCUCGCGACUUCAUCAAGGACACUCGACCGCACGUUUCCGCGCGGGUAUCGGAGCGGAAUAAGAACAGGGAACGAAUGACGGAAGGAAGCGCACGGAGAUAAAGAGCAGAUCAUCGGUUCGCACAGCGGAAGGUGGUCGUCGAGAGAAACCUUCAUGUUGUCAUCUGACGUGUGCUCGUGGGUGUAUCAUUAUAUAUAGUCAGCCAACCUCUUUCUCUCGCUCUUUUUCAUCUAUCUCUUUCCGUCUUUCCGGCUUUCGUGUCACAUCCACGUCUCAUUGCCGUGAAAGCGAAGUCAUUUCCUGCGUGAGUCGAGCACGCGACGCACGCCAGGACGAAACGUCUCGCCAGGACUCUGACUUACGGCAACAUGACGUUGUACCAUCAGUAUCCAUUUCGACGCGAAUUAAAUUGAAGCGGAAAACCCGAAGGAGGAGGAAGAACGGAGCGAGACGAAACCUUCUCGAGGGUCCUCGAGGAGAGCGAAUGCCACUCGGAAGCUGAGGAGAGCUACGGGCCGAUAUCGUAAAUAAAGUCAACAGAUUGACGUGACUGCUCGUCGUCGACAUGCCGCAUACCGGACAAGCCGGGGUAAAUCAAUUAGGCGGCGUUUUUGUGAACGGCAGGCCGUUGCCGGACUGCGUGCGCCAGAGGAUCGUGCAACUCGCCAUGGUCGGCGUCAGGCCGUGCGACAUUUCGCGGCAGCUACUCGUCUCCCACGGCUGCGUCUCCAAGAUACUCACGAGAUUCUACGAGACGGGAAGUAUCCGGCCCGGCAGCAUCGGCGGAAGCAAAACGAAGCAAGUAGCCACGCCGACGGUGGUGAAAAAGAUUUUGCGAAUGAAGCAAGAGCAGCCGACAAUGUUCGCCUGGGAGAUUCGCGAGCAGCUCGCGCGCCAGGGUGCUUGCGAUCCCCAGAGCUUGCCAUCCGUAUCUUCGGUCAAUCGUAUUCUCAGAGGCGGUGGCCUCCACACGGAUAUCCCCGCCAUCGAGAGCGGUACAUCCAGCGGAUACACGUCGCAAAUUCCAUCGAACGCUGGAACCAGAGAUACACUCAUGAGAACCGACUAUCAGCUGUUCUACCCGGGUACCCUCGGUCCGCUACACAUCUCUACAAGCAACAGCAACACUGGCACGCCGUCCUGGAAUCAGAGUUUUUACUCAUCCCUCUACCAAGCGACCACCUUGCAUUUACAGCACGGGAUGCAAUCAUUUGCAUCUUUGGAUGCCGAACGUUUGUCGGAACAAAACGGGGCGCAAAAUCAACUGGAGUUGAAAUCAAGCUCAAGCUCGACGGCCGGCAGCGAUGAUUCGUUGGAUAAAAGCGACCUAGACGAGAAUCUUGUCGAUUCACAGGAUCACUACAAGUCCUUCCGAAGCACACCGAUCAUUUUAGAGCUCAGCCAGAAAAUUGGCAGCGAUCGAAGCGCGUUCGUCAGGCACGCCACGCCCAAUUCGCACGCCGUAAACUUGGACAACUCGCGAGAGAGCCCGUUAUCAAUCGUCGAGACGUUGAAGCAGGAUCGUCCUACGUCGCACAGGAUGCUCGAGACGAAGAACACGAGUCCGAGCACGACGAUGACGACGACGAACGAAAGUGCAGCGGUGGAAAAUCAGCCGCCGCAGAAGAAGAAGAAUCCCUAUUCGAUAGAAGAGCUGCUGAAGAAGGACGAGAGCAAAUCUCCACCCAGAAGGAGAUUACCCAAUAUUGGCGUGGUGCAACCCUGCGGAAUUGUCGUCAGUAAGGAGAUGUAAAAGAAUGUUGUAGCGCUCAAACACGAGAGGAGUUUAUGGGAUAAGGUGCGUUGUGUAUUUAUGCAAAACGCAAACUAUAUCGUGAUAAUCAUCGAUUAUGAAUCUCCAUCUCGGGCGAACGAUAUAACAGCGUACAUCGUUGGCUGUAGGUAAUAUAUGUAGUAUUGCAGGGUGUAGAGAAAUAUUGAGCGAUACGUGCGAAGCGCAUUCAAUGAAAAUUGAAUGGCUUUUACACAUUACCUUAAUAUAUAUAUAUAUAACUUGAGAGUUAUUUCUUUGCACCUGUGAUGAGCAAUCUUUGCGGGUACAAUGAGAGUAGCGAAUGUCCUAUAAGUGUCUAAUUUAGAGUCUAACUAUCGAUUAAGAAGUUGGCGAAAGAGAUUAGAAGCGAACAGAGUUAAAAUUUUCUCCUUCGAGAGAGAAUGACUGUUUUGUCAAAUAAGAUACGAGAAAUGGUACGCGUAAGCCAUACAUAAAAUGUUAGGCUCGAUGACUGUAUUGUCGAUUGUAACUUGUAACGCGUAGUGAAGUAUACGUAAUCUCUCUUUGUGUGUAAGUUAACUUAUAAUUAAAUUAUUGUUUCCAUUUUUUUCACACGUUGCUAAUCUCUCAAACAUUGGCGUUGUUUUCAUCAAACACGCGAUCGAAUACACGACUGUUAAUCGCAUCGAGAAUUUAAGACUUUGCUUAAACUUGUGUGUAAAAGAAGAUAGUUACGACUACGCAAAGUACUUGGAAUCCAGGAAAAGUUUUUUUCACUGUUUUCACUGAUUUAUCUUGCAGUUCGUCGAAAUUCGUUACUGGCGGUGAAAUAUUAAUUAACGUCGCCAGUCUCUCCUCGCGCGUAAUUAACGUAACGCAAUAACGUGGACACUUCCGGACCGCUAUGUCACGCAAUGAAAUUCGACAUUAUCGCACAUGAUUUUCGAAGAGAAAUGAUCGAGACGUGAUUUCGCGCCCACUUAUAUGAGAAAAUAAACGCAAUACGAUGCCUAAUAAAAUUGAAUUUUUCAUUUCCUUUUUUUUUUCAUUCAAAUUGAAUAAUCCAAUUUUAGACAUCUUUGACAGGCCGCUCGCGUAUUGUUCGCCGAAAUCGUCGAAUGGGCAAUCACGCGUCUCUAUUGUGACUCUUCGCACUUUAGAGCCUGGUGUGAAACAGUCGCUACGAUGCCGUUAUACAAGCGGAGGGUCGAGAAAUUAAAUAAAACGUCUAAUAAACAAAUGGCCGUAAAACAUGCGGAUGGAGCAGUGGCGGCGGCAA